AUGCUGGCCAUGCUUGGCUUCAAUGACAUGGGCUGGUUCUACAGCGACGCAGAGGGCACCAUCGACAGCAUGGACACCCUGAUUUCAAACGCCAGAGCGGUAAAUCCAGAACUCCAAUUUGCAGUUGCAAACGUGCCACAGCGCAGCUUCAUUGGCGGUCGAGAAGACCUGGUGAAGAACACUAACAUCUACAAUAACCUGCUCCCAAAUGCAAUAUCGAAGUGGUCGACUCAUCAGUCUCCGAUCCACUUGGUUGAUCUUGAGCAAAAUUAUAAUUGCCAACCAGGGGGUUGUCCCGCAGGCUAUGACGGCCUCCAUCCGAAUGCCUGGGGCGAGUUCCUGAUCGCGAAUGCCUUUUCUCAAACACCAGUCAACGAGUUCAAAUUGGGUUCCAAGCCGCUGGCAAUUCCUCCUCAAAAAGACCCGAGCCUUACGAGAGACCUCCCAGUGCCUUCGAACUUCAACGUCUUCUUUAGAACUCUAGACCUAGACUUACGCCCCUCUAGCCUAUAG